CGUGCUUUGAUGAUGGCGAUUGGUGAAUUGAUUUCGCUCUUUGCGCCCGCCCUGUCGAUGGUGAUGGGCACAUUUCUAUCGUUCUGCAUCGCCCCCUCACACCAGGCGCUAUCGCUUGUCCAGGUAAGACAAGACAACAGUCAGAUCCACGCCUAUCCAAUGCAGCCAUGAUCCAAUGAAAGCAGCAAUGGAUGCAUCUUGUCCUUACUUUGCCUUUGGGUGCCUGCAGUACUUCGCUGCGGGUGUGAUCUUUGCUGCUGCUGGUGCUGAGCUGGUGCCCAAGGUGCUUCGCGUCCAUCCGCCUACCCCUGCCGGCGAGAUCCCCGCGCCAGCGUGGCAGCAGACGCUUGUGGUGUGCGUCAGCUUCCUCGUCGGCAUAUCGGCUAUGCUGGCUAUCAAGGAGCUGUGCAAGCCAGAGGAGGGCGAGCAGGAGAAGGAGAAGCCGCCCCAGCGACCAGCUUCACAGGUGGGAGAGCCCACAUCCGCGGAGACGCCUUCCGUCCUACCGCUCGAACGGACACGGAGCGAGCCGUCGCUGGCACUCGUCACCCCCGCUGCCCGGGUCAUCAAGGUGGAGAGGCGCAAAUCCUACCUAAAGAACGCCAUCGAGGCGUGGGAGCUAUGCAAGAGCUGCCAGCACCAGGGCUACUGUGCGCUGGCGGCUGAGCGUCUCAAGCAGCGGCAGAAGGCGAAAGCGAGGGCUGUCAGGGGCGACCUGAAGGAGAACCUGCUGGGCCAAGAAGACGACACAGAGGGGGAUGUUGAGGACGGCGAGACGCCCCAUGCUCAGUACGCGCCCGGCAAGGGGCCGAACUGCCCACCUGGCGGCUGCGCAACGUGUCCAAACUACAAGCCCGUGGUGCCACGGAUCAAGGAAGAGGCCAUCCCUCACUCUCUCGACCACCUCUCCGCUCAACAGCACUAUGCGCACCCGCACCUUGAUGUGGCAGUCGACGUGCUGGGGAGGCCCUCUCGUGCUCUGAGUGUGCCUCACUCCGACUUGAUGGAGGAGGAAGACUUGCCCUCGCCGGACAUCGAUAGGACCACAUCAGUCCCCCACAACGGCCGAGGUCAGUCCGUCACGGCUCGCCUUGUCGACUCGAAGCUGGACUCAAUCAACACGCCCACAGACGGCGUGACGAUCGAUGCUCAACACUCUCCGCCGGCAAAGGCGCGUGCGGUCAUGAAGAACAAGACGGCGCCCAUUGAGGAGGAGGAGGCGGCUGUCUCGUCAACUUCACCGAUCGGCGGGUCGUUCAUUGGGCUGGCUAAGGCCCUGCCGUGGUCUUUCGUGUGUGCGGUGUGCGCGGACGCGAUGGCCGAUGGGCUGGCCAUCGGGGUGGUGCUGGCGACCAGGUAGGUACACACACAUGCAUGCACUGUGCACAUGCGUCAACAAUGGCCUAAGCUUUCUCAUGUCUGCGUGGUCUUGUCUGUCUUCAGCGCGUCAACAGCUGCAGUAAUUGCCAUUGGCACCAGCCUAGAAAUGAUGGUGAGUUGCAGAGAGAGGAGAAAUGCACGGCCGCGGCCCGCUUCUAUUUUCUAUAUGUACUCAUGUUCAUUUCGUUGUGGUCUUCUUUCUUUCUUUCUUUUCUUUCUUCAGUUUGUGGCCUUCACCUUUUGUCUGACGCUGCAGCCGUACGGCCGGUCUCGCGCACUGGUGACAUCGGCGCUGCCGCCCAUCCUGCUGGCCCUGACGACCUACCUGGUGGCCAAGUCGGUGCAGACGAUCGAGAGCAUGGGCCACGGCCUCGUCUACACCGGCUUGUCGUCAUUCGGGCUCGCGGCCCUCCUUUUCCUCGCCACCGACGAGUUGCUGCAGGAGGCCUAUGAGAACCAGAGUGCCGACAUCAGCCUGGCCAGCGUCCUCUUUUAUCUCGGAUUCUUGUUAGUGAUCCUGGGGGAGAACCUCACCAAACAGAUCAGCCCUGUAGACUGACCGAGGGGUGGAUAUGCCGGGUGGUGUGUUGUGUUUCCUUCCUCUUCAAUGGUGGGCGAUGGAGGGCGCGUAGUGUGCUUUCUUCUGUCUGAUGAUGUGAUGUGGCUGGCUGAGCACUAGAAGAUGGACGGACGGGUGUUGUGUUGAGUGAUGGGUGAUGUGACUUCUGAAUGUCUUGUUUGUGACGACCAGUGACGUGACAUGGAUCCACUGACAUUGCUAAG